GCAGUCAGUCAAACGAACACCAUCAUGUCGUCUCUUCCACUCAUAAGGGUGUCCACUAUCACCCGUGUACCACUGAGACAAACAACAAGAACGUUCUCUCUUCUUUCGUAUAAUCGAACAAUGUCAUCAUCACAGUUCCUUCCUCGGAGCCUCUCGCCUCUCUCUCUCCCUCGUCCACUGUCAACUUCCGUACUAAGACCUCCCAACGUUCCUAUCACAUCGGCACUCUCAACUAUCUCUCGAACACCAAAUUUCACUCUUUCAAAUAAACUUUAUUCGUCAUAUAUCACAAGCUCAAAUUUAUCCACCUCUUUCAACUCGCCCCUGCUAUCUUUUUCUCUUAAGUCCAACAUAUCACCUCUAGUUCGAUCAUCUACAUUCCCACUUAUCCGUUCAGCUUCCACGAAAAUCACUCCACCUGACCAAACCUCAUCAUCUCAGCCUCAACCACAAUCACAUUCCAAUUCUGAUCUCCCCACUCAAUCAAAUCCAAAUCCAAAUUCGAAUCCUGACUCCGAGGCUGAUACAGAAUCACAUUCUUCAUCCGAAUCCGAUCCCACACAAUCAGCUUACGCCAAAUUCAAAAACCUCACUAAGAAAUAUGGUAUAUGGGCAAUCGGGAUGUACUUUCUAUUAUCCGGUUUAGAAUUCCCAUUCACUUUCUUAGCUGUUCAUUUAGUAGGAGCGGAAAGAUUACAACCUAUCGUCGAUUGGGCUACAGGUAUUUAUCAUAAUUUCAUGGGUUCUUCUCAAUCUGAAAUAGAAGAUGAGGAAAAGAAUGAUGUUCAUGAAGAAGAUGGAAAUGAAGGAAAAAGAAAAGGAAAAGGAGAAAAUGGAGAGAAAAUAAAAGAAGAAAUGAAAUGGUUUUCAAGUCCUACUUUUUGGGCGGAAAUUUUAUUAGCUUAUACUAUUCAUAAAACUGUCAUGUUACCUGUCAGAGCUGGAUUGACAGUGGCUUGGACACCUAGAGUUGUUGAGUGGCUCAGAGCUAGAGGGUGGAUAAGACGAACAAUACUGAGUAGAUGA